AUGGGUGUGGCAUUCCGCGUUCUCCAGGUGUUCCUCGUCGUCGUCUGCUGCCUGGCCCGCGGCUUUGUCUCCGAGCCGACGGAGGACAAGGCGGCGCUGCUGGAUUUCCUCGGGCGGACGCGGCACGGAAGGCGGAUCCAGUGGAACUCCUCGGCCUCCCCCUGCGAAUGGAGAGGGGUCACCUGCGACGCCAAUCGGAACCAGGUCGUAGCUCUCCGCCUCCCCGGAUCGGGACUGGUUGGCCCCAUCCCCCCCAACACACUGUCCCGUCUCUCUGGCCUCCGAGUGCUCUCCCUCCGCUCUAACCGGCUCUCCGGCGAGCUCCCGGCGGACCUCGCCAAUCUGUCGCUCCUCCGCUCCCUGUACCUGCAGCGCAACCGCCUCUCCGGCGAGCUCCCUGCGGGGGUGGCCAGGCUCACCCGUAUGCUGCGGAUGGACCUGUCUGCCAACAACUUCAGCGGCUCCAUCCCCUUCGCGCUCAGCAACCUGACCCGCCUCACAGGCCUGUUCUUGGGGAACAAUAAUUUCUCCGGUAGCAUCCCCAGCAUCGACAUCCCCGGGAUGGUGGAGUUCAACGUGUCCAACAACAGGCUCAACGGGUCGAUCCCCGAGCCCCUGCAGCGAUUUCCGGCCUCCUCAUUCGCCGGAAACCUUGAUCUCUGCGGCGGUCCCCUACCUCCCUGUAAAAACUUCUUUCCAUCCCCGGCGCCGUCCCCGGGAGGCGAAGAGACUCCCGCUCAGGUCCCCGCCGACAGGGGGAAGAAGAAGAAGCUCUCGACGGCGUCGAUCAUCGCGAUCUCCGUCGCUUGCGGCGCCGUCCUGUUGCUGGCCCUCCUGCUGCUGCUCAUCUGCUUGGUCCUCCGCAGGCGCCGGCGCCGAGAGCCGGCCAAGUCGCCGAAGAGGGCUUCGGCAAUCCCCAGAUCUGGCGGAGGGGCGGCUGAGACGGCCACGACGUCGUCGUCCAAAGACGAUAUCGGGGGUGGACGGGCGGGAGUGGAGAAGAACAAGCUGGUGUUCUUCGAGAACAGGCUCUACGGCUUCGACCUGGAGGACCUUCUGCGGGCUUCCGCGGAGGUUCUGGGAAAGGGUAGCAUGGGGACGUCGUACAAGGCGGUGCUGGAGGACGGGAUGACCGUGGUGGUGAAGCGCCUCAAGGACGUGGCCGUGUCCAAGCGCGAGUACGAUGUGCAGAUGGAGGCCCUCGGCAAGGUGAAGAACGACAACGUGGUGCCCCUCCGGGCCUUCUACUACUCCAAGGACGAGAAGCUCCUCGUCUACGACUACUUUCCCGCCGGCAGCCUCUCCGCCCUCCUCCACGGUGAGCCCCUGCCUCUCUCUCUCUCUCUCCCUCGCGGUUUUCACUGCCCCCAUCACCAGAACCAGUACUUUAGGGUUUAUGACAAACGCGAUCCCCGUUUUCUCCCGAUCGAUCCACCAUUCAGUCGAUUCUGGCAAAUUGUCCAGACCAAACCCAAAUCGACCCAUCCCGCCGUCGCUUCCACCAGCGCUUGAUGGCCAGUCAUCCUUGUGCGCGAGCAUUUUUUCUCAGUUAGCCUGGAAUACUCAAAUCACUCCCCCCAACCGCCGCCAUGGGUUUCCGUCGUCGUCUCUCCAUCUACCGUGAUCUCUGUGCGCUCUCGGUCUCCGGCUAACAAUGGGGUACCGUCAUCAUAAUGACGAUCGCGCUUCCACACGCCACCGAGCGCGGAAGUCCUGCGUCGUCCUUGUCGCAUUCAUGCUCCUCCCCGCUCCUCCCCGGUGGAGAAGAUUUUCUGUGGGCGGGGCCCAUCUGACGUCGGAAUGGCUGCUUCCACUCCAUACAUUGCCAGAUUCUUUUUCUCACUUGGUUGCCCUGUGAUUGAUUGAUGGCUCCUCUGCCGUUUCUAGUUCUGUAGCUCCUUCCCCCUCCCACCACACCAUCCAUCGUGUGGUGGUGGCGGUGGUGGGCAGCGGCGGAGCUGCGGCCGGCGCUACCGCGGCUUGUUUUUCUUCUUUUUUUUUCGCCUUACAGUCCCCGUAGUCUGUAGAUGGUUUGGAACUUGGGUUGUUCGGUGGUCAACGUCCUCUGUGACCGACUUUGACUGGGUUCUUCGUCCUGGUCCAUCGUCGACAUGCAGGGAGCAGAGGGUCUGGGCGCACCCCGCUGGACUGGGACAACCGGAUACGCAUCGCCCUGGCGGCGGGCCGCGGCCUCGCGUACCUCCACACCGUCGCCAAGGUCGUCCACGGCAACGUCAAGGCCUCGAACGUGCUCCUCGGCGGCGGCGACCCCGACGGCGGCGCCGUCUCCGACUACGGCCUCGCCCCACUCUUCGGGACGGCGUGGCCCCCCACCCGGGCGGCGGCGGCGGCAGGGUACAAGGCCCCGGAGGUGGCGGAGACUCGGAGGCCCACCUUCAAGUCGGACGUGUACAGCUUCGGGGUGCUGCUGCUGGAGCUGCUGACGGGGAAGGCCCCGAACCAGGCGUCGCUGGGGGAGGAAGGGAUCGAUCUGCCGCGGUGGGUGCAGUCGGUGGUGCGGGAGGAAUGGACGGCGGAGGUGUUUGACGUGGAGCUGAUGCGGUAUGACAACAACAACGGCGACAAGGAGGAGGAGAUGGUGCAGGUGCUCCAGGUGGCCAUGGCCUGCGUCCAGACCGUCCCCGACUCCCGCCCGGACAUCCAGGACGUGGUGCGGAUGCUGCAGGAGGUCCUCAACCGUGGGGCCACCGCCGCCGCCGCCGAGGAGGACGACCCGUCGUCCAAGGCCGGCGGCGCCUCCGGCGGGCCGUCGACCCCUCCGGCUGCCGCCACGCCGUAG